AUGGCAAAGCAGUCUCUGCGGUUGCGGAUGUGGAUCUUGUCUGCUGGGCACCUUCUUGCCCUGCCUGAGUAUGUCCUUGCACCAAUGCCGCCGAACCAUCUUCACUCUUACUCGAUGCUUACUUUGCCGGCCGCACAAAAUCCAGGCGUGAAGACCCCUCAAACCCAUCCCCUGAUAUGUGUAAUGGCGACUGUGCUGUCUACGGCCUGCUACACGUCAUUGGAUGCAGUUGGAUCUUCACUAUGGUUAGACGAGGAGACAUCCGAGGGCAGUACAACAUCCAGGGAAGCGGCUGUGGCGAUUGCUGCACUUCCUUUUGGUGCCCCUGCUGUGCAACCAUCCAGAACGACAAUGAAGUGA